AUGGUCAAAUUAGCGCUUCUUAGCUGGCUAGCGGUAGCUGCCCCUGUAUUCUCCGCACCCACUGAUGCUGUUAGCGGCCUCGACGCACGAGCCUGCACUACCCCAGCCAACACCCUCAAAAACCCAAGCUUUGAGUCGAGCGCUUUCACACCAUGGGUCUUCAAACCCACUUACGUCAAACUCGGCAGCGCAACAGUUGUGAAAUCUGGCUAUAAGAGCGACCACGCAAUCCAAGCCGUCGGAACGUCCGGCUACAACGAGCCAACCAGCUACAACAAACUCUCCCAGACCUUCAAGAUCUGCAAAGCAGCGCGCUUCCAACUCUCAUGGUCCAUGCUCCUCCCCAAAAAUAGUGUUGGGUACACAGCGCCUAGCAAGCCUGGUUUGUUUGUCCAAGCGAAAUCCCCCGACGGUCUGUCGCAUUCAAUGGGCUCUUUCAGCUUUGAUACCAAGACAUUCAGCAGCAACAUCUAUACGCCUAGCUUCAAGGGUACGCAUAAGGUUGACCAGUGGGCCAAUUUUGUUGCGGAUCUUCCGACCUCCCAGACUGGUACUUGGACGAUUUCUAUGGAGUGGUAUGUUAUGGGACCUGGCGUGAAGGAGACCAAGACUUCGACUCUGAAGUUCAAGAUGGAUAACUUUGUCGUGAAGCCUAAAUAA